AUGGUUUCACCACUGAAGAAGCUCAUCUCAAGCUUUCUACUCAUCUUUUUCUCCACCAUUAUCGUCGCUUCAUCAGAACCAUUGUGUAGCCGUUACAAAUCUAUCAUCAGCUUCGGUGAUUCCAUAGCUGACACCGGAAACUAUCUCCAUCUCUCCGACGUCGACCAUCCUCCUCAAGCCGCCUUUUUUCCUUAUGGAGAAACCUUCUUCCAUGUUCCCACCGGUCGUAACUCCGACGGCCGCCUCAUCAUCGAUUUCAUCGCCGAGUUCUUGGGACUACCGUACGUGCCGCCUUACUUUGGUUCCCAAAACGUGAGCUUCGAGCAAGGGGUCAAUUUUGCUGUGUAUGGAGCAACCGCUUUGGAUCGUGCGUUUCUUAUGGAAAGAGGAAUUGUAUCUGACUUUACAAAUGUUAGUUUAAGUGUUCAACUAAACACUUUCAAGCAAAUUUUACCUAACCUAUGUGCCUCGUCCUCUCGUGAUUGCAGAGAGAUGCUUGGUGACUCCUUGAUACUCAUGGGAGAGAUUGGAGGAAACGACUAUAAUUACCCUUUUUUCGAAGGCAAAAGUAUCAAAGAAAUCAAAGAGCUUACUCCUCUAAUCAUCAAAGCUAUUUCUGAAGCAAUUGUGGAUUUGAUCGAUUUGGGAGGCAAAACAUUUCUGGUGCCAGGAUCUUUUCCAGCUGGAUGUAGCACUGCCUUUCUUACUCUAUUUCAAACCGCAAAAGAAGGAGAUUACGAUCCUCUUACAGGUUGUCUCCCAUGGCUCAACGACUUCGGAAAGUACCACGAUGACCAGCUCAAGACAGAACUUAACCGACUCCGAAAACUUUACCCUAAUGUCAACAUUAUUUAUGCCGACUACUACUACUCUAUGUAUCGGUUUUUCCAAGAACCAACCAAAUACGGGUUUAAGAACAGACCUUUGGGUGCUUGUUGUGGAGUGGGAGGUAAAUACAACUUCACUAUUGGUAAAGAGUGUGGAUACGAAGUUGUUGGGUAUUGUCAAAAUCCGUCUGAGUAUAUUAAUUGGGACGGCUAUCAUUUAACUGAAGCCACGUACCAGAAGAUGGCUCAUGGCAUACUCAACGGUCCCUAUGCAACUCCUGCGUUCGACUGGUCCUGCCUUGGCUCUGCAUCAAAGAAGCUCGUGAGCUUCUUUAUAUCUACUCUUUUUCUUGCUACAGCCAGCUCUGAAACACAGUGCAUGCGUUUCAACUCGAUCAUCAGUUUCGGCGAUUCGAUUGCCGACACAGGAAACUUGCUCGCCCUCUCUGAUCCUAACCAUCUCCCUCACAUGGCGUUUCCACCGUACGGAGAAACAUUCUUUCAUCAUCCCACGGGCCGUUUCUCAAACGGUCGACUCAUCAUCGACUUCAUAGCUGAGUACAUGGAUCUUCCGCUUGUGCCUCCUUUCUACGGAUCUCAUAACGCAAACUUUGAGAAAGGUGUUAAUUUUGCGGUGGGAGGAGCAACGGCACUGGAACGUUCCUUUCUAGAGGAGAGAGGGAUUCAUUUUGCUUACACAAACGUCAGUUUAGGAGUUCAGCUUCACAGCUUCAAGGAUCUUUUGCCUAACUUAUGUGGCUCUCCUUCAGACUGCAGAGAAAUGAUGGAGAGUGCUUUGAUUCUCAUGGGAGAAGUUGGAGGCAAUGACUUGAAUUAUGCUUUCUUCGUGGCCAAACCCAUUGAAGAGAUCAAAGAAUUGAUUCCACUUGUGAUCAGUACUAUCUCUAAUGCAAUCACGGAGCUGAUUGGUAUGGGGGGGAGAACAUUUCUGGUACCUGGAAAUUUCCCACUAGGAUGCUCAGUAGCCUAUUUAACAUUAUUUCAAACACCAAACAUGGAAGAGUACGAUCCUAUAACAGGAUGUCUGAAAUGGCUGAAUAAGUUUGCAGAAUACUAUAACAAGCAGCUUCUUGCAGAACUCGACAAACUCAGGAAGCUGUACCCUCAUGUCAACAUCAUAUACGCAGACUACUACAACGCUGUUGCACGUCUUUUCCAAGAACCAGCCAAAUUUGGGUUUAUGAACAAACCAUUGCCCGCAUGCUGCGGUUUGGGAGGGCAGUACCACUACACAGUUGGUAAGAAAUGUGGGUUUGAAGGAGUUGAAUAUUGUAAUGAUCCUUCAAAGUAUGUGAACUGGGACGGUGUUCAUUUGACUGAGCAUGCGUACAGAUUGGUAGCUGAGGGUUUACUUAAGGGACCUUAUGUGAUUCCUCCUUUCAAUUGGUCUUGCCUCAGCUCUGAAAUUAAGAACAAUGGAUCAUCUGACACAAAAAGUAUUCUUUGA